ACAUACCAUUCACACUCUACUUUUACUUCCCAUGUCACAUAGGUACACAUAUUGUCAGUCUACACUCACAGGGAAGAGGAGCGACAAACUCAGUCCUUCUCUCAACACACACACACACACACAGAACAUACCGUUUCUGUCUUUCAACAUCAGGAGACCGUCAUCAUCAUGUGGAUCUCUGUGUUUCUGAUCAGCUCAAUCCUUCACAUUACUGCAGGAAAUGACGGCUGUACUCUGUCAGGCACUAACCAUCCACUGCAGGAGAUCACUGCGUUCACAGGCCAGUCUGUUCUCCUGCCCUGCUCCUGUACUGUACGUCAGUUUGAUACCCCCAGACUCACCUGGACUAAAUUAACCCUAGGUCAGGAGCCUGUGAUAUUAACCCAGAGUGAUCUCUACAGAGACAGAGUGGAGCUGUUAAAUAGAAGACACCCUGGGAACCUCUCUGUCCUCCUCUCACACCUCACUCAGGAUGAUCAGGGGGAUUACAGAUGUACAAUCGAGGAUAGUGACAACUGGGACAUAGCGAGGGACAUCAGACUCUAUGUUAAAGGCUGCAGUUUGUCAGACUCUAACCAACUGGAGAUAGUUCGAUCCCCGGGCCAGUCUGUGCUCCUGCCCUGCUCCUGCAAUGAACUCCAGGCUAAACCUCACAAACUGACAUGGACUAAACUCUCCGCUAUACCAUUAACCAAGCGUGAUCUCUACAGAGACAGAGUGGCAAUGUUUAAUACUGAGAGCUCUCCAGGGAACCUCUCUGUCCUUCUCUCAUUCAUCACUAAGGAGGAUCAGGGGUGGUACAGGUGUACAAUCAACAACCAAGACACUAGAGACAUACAUAUCACUGUUGAAGGAACAGACACAGUGAGGACGUCAGGAGAAGCUCCAUCUGCAUCCUCUCUGCAAAACAAUACAAUCCAAUACGUCUUAAUGGCUGUCCUACCAGUCAUACUGAUCAUCGCUGGAAUGGCUUUGUACAUAUACAAGAGAAACACAAGUAUUUAUCCACAAUUGCAACCACUAAAAAAAGCCAUGUGGGAAUGUGGGAAUGGUUCAUUUUGUGUAUUAAACUCUGUUUUUUUUAUCCCAGGAAAGAAAACCACAGGGAAUAAUAGUAGAGGGAGCAAAACAGGAGGAGAGAAUAAUGACGAGGAUGAUCCCACUGCAAUGUAUUCCAUGGUUGCGGACAGAAACACUGGUUUAAGCAUCAACACAACACCACUUGGUGCACUAGAUGAUCCCAAUGCAAUGCAUGCUACGGUUCAACACAGAAACGCCAACCAAGAGGAUACAACUACACCACUCAGUGCUCCAGAUGAUCCCUCAGUGAUAUACUGCACCAUCGUCCACAUGACAGGAAAAGGGAAGGCAGCAGUGAGUCUGGAGAACAGUGGAGAAAUAGAGUACGCCAGUGUCAAGACAGGCAGAUCCUCCUAGAGCCACUAUACAAGGCUCACAGCCUGAUAAUACAGAGAGAUCUCUAACAGUAUUGUGCCCGGUAUCGUGAGGCUUUAUCUGGCGCACUUAACUAUAAAUAUAUUUCACUCUCCAAUAACACAUGUUUAGUGGUUAACUGGGCACAGGACAUCAGGGGCGGGUUUACCUAUGCUAACAUAUGGAAUUGUUUUAAGAUGGUGAUACUAUCGUUUAGCUACUUUUUUUUUGUGAAGCAGAGACAUGCAUAGUGCCUUGAAUGGCUUGUGAUUUACCUAGUUCCCUUUUUAUAUUGCUGUUUUGUAAUAGAGACGCAUGACUUCAGCCAUUUAAAAAAAAAGGGAGAUGUGGUUUGAUGUGUACAUCUUUCGCAAUCACUAUUGCAAGAAGUUUCAUUGGUGGCUAUUCAAACUGAUAUAUCACCCAUUUUAACAUAUGAAUCUUAUCUUUCUGCCAAAUAGCUGGUACACCUUGAAGAAUUCAUAAUCCUUUAAGUUGACAACAAAAAUGUAAAAUGUUUGUAUUUUUAAGCCUGAGUUUGUUACAGCCAACUAUCUUCGUAAAAACAACCUAUUGUCGAAACCAGUCAGUUAGCUACUUCCUCUUUGGUCUAAUGGACAAAUCACAAAUUGUUGUAUUCCUGAACAAGAAAAGCACUCUAGCAAUGUCAUCAACUGAAGCAUAUGCUUUUAAAGUGCACAACGAACAGGGAAUGUCAUGUUAAAGUGUGUAUGUUUCUGUACAGACAGUAUCUCCAUUUGACAAAGUCAGAUUUUCCAAUUACUUACUUCAUCACACUCCCACAGACCACAAACAGAUGGCCAUCUACAGUAUCUUUUGCAAUAUACAAAUAUCCGAUAUGUCAGGGUAUUUUUUAAAGCUAAAUACCUGUUUCUGCUUCUUCAUUAUGGGGUAAUGUGUGUAGACUGAUGAGGGGAAGAAUUAUUUGAUCAAUGUUAGAAUAAGGCUGUAACGCAACAAAAUGUGGAAAAAGUCAAGGGGUCUGAAUACUUUCCAAAUGCACUUAUCAAAUCCUGUUUUUGAUAUGUCCUCAUUCUCAGCACUAACAUGUCUGUGACUUUUCCUUUUAAAGAUGAUAAUAUUAACAUGCUGAUGUAGUAGACCCUUUUAUCCAAAGCAACUAACACGAAGUAAACAUAUUUAGUAGCCUAUAUGUAGCCCAUGGGCAAGUGGCUAACCUUGUGGAUGUUGCUAACCCUAUGCUGAUAAACUUCACAAAACAAGUGUGAA